AAUAAGAAAAAGUCCACAAAGAAACGCUCCUCUUAGUAUGGCUCUUGAACACUUGCCUUCCCUCUCCCCCAUCACGGCAUAAAGGACAACAGACUAAAGUGAUCCAAACUCUUAUUUUCUCAACCGUAGCGGGCGGGCGUGGAGGGGUGCAGGGCAUGGACGUUGGUGGAGGUGGAGAGUGGGUGUGGAGGGUGCUGUGUGGGCGGGGCAGGGACGUGGAGGAGAAGGGAUGGUUGGGGUAGGUGAGGGUGGGGAAGAAGGGAGAGGGUGGUGGGGUGAGGGGGGUGAAGUAUUCUUGGGUAAUGGGACUGUCAACGGCGAAAUAUCUGAGAAAAUAUUGGGUGUUACUGCGUCCUGGGAUUUCCGGGAGCUGUGGCCUCUUAAACACACACACACACACACACACACUCACACACACAAGGUCGUCAUGUCACUCGCAUACGGCGUAACAGCAUUAUUAUGUUUUCCUUUUCUCCUUCCCGUUUUCUCGGCCCCACGAUCUGUUUUUUUCCUCUUGACCUUCUACGUCUCAUUUUCCUCUCAUACGCACAGAGCGCUCAUACCUCCUUUUUCUUCUAUAUACGCUUCCUACCUUUAGAACUUUGCACACCUUCCAUAUUUUCCUUUCCUCCUAUACACACCAUUUUUAUAUUCUUUUUCUAUCUUAUCCAUAUUUUCUUUCGUCCUACAUCCGCCCUCUCCCAUGACUCGCCUUCAAACACACUUCACUGCUCCAAUCUUCCUAAACAUAUCCUCCUCACACGCUUUUCCUUCGUUAAUCUUUCUAUCCUUUCUUCCCACAUAGGAACAAAUGGAGUCUAAAAGAUGCCAGCAGGCCUAUACAAGACAAUUCCUGUAAACCUAACCUCACCUCUCUCCUAUCUCUCCCUUCCACUCUUUUGCAUCCAAUACUCAUCCUCCGUAUCACCAUUCCAUAUAUGACCUUUCUUGUCGUCCCUUCUACAGCCUUCUUCUGCCAUUCCACUUCAUUCCACAUUCUCCACUUGUCCGCCUCCUUGACACACCCUUGACCUAUCUAAUGCCUAUCUAACGUUACUUGUCCUUCCUUGCAGACCAUGUUCGCGUGGUGGAUCUCCUGGCUGGCGCUAUGCAUCCUGCUGGGUUGGAGUCCUGCAGGAGGAGGGACGGGGGUGGUCAGCGCGACGCCGGCGGCGGCGGGGACGGAGGCGGCGGCGACAGCGAUGUGGACGGUGACCAAAAGAAGCGGCGAAGACCUUCCAUACCAGCACCACCGCCGCUCGUCUGGCAGAAACACGCAACCUUCGAAAUCCUCCUCUUCCUCCUCCCCCUCCUCCUCCUCGAGCUCUCAUCUCCUCAUUGGGUCCCCCGCGGUGGGCCAGGGUCCAGCGCGCCAGGGGAAGGACCUGAAGCUCGGCCCCGGCAUGGGCGGCUCCGCGGUGGAGACGAUAGAGACGGAGGGCGCGCAGUACUUCGCCACGCAGCCCACGCCGCAGACAGCCGUGGUGGGCUCGACGGCGGUGCUCCCCUGCAGGGUCAUCAACAAAGUGGGUCACCUGCAGUGGACCAAGGACGGGUUUGGCCUGGGCACGGAGCGGGACCUGGACGGCUUCUCGCGCUACGGCAUGAUUGGCUCCGACGAUGAAGGAGACUUCAGCCUCAGGAUACAGCCGGUGUUGCUGGAGGACGACGCCCUCUACCAGUGCCAGGUGAGUGCCAGCUCGGGCGUGCCGGGCAUCAGGUCCCACACGGCGCGCCUCACCGUCUACGUGCCCCCCGAGCCGCCCCGCGUCACCCCCGCCGUCCUCAGCACCACGGCGGGCAUGACGGUGACGCUCGAGUGUGAGAGUAAAGGAGGACGACCGCCGCCUGAGAUUCAGUGGGUGGACGACAGCAGACGGGAGACGAUACGGACGGGCGCCAUGACCUCCGAGGAAGUGAUGCCGGACGGGAAGCGAGUGACGGUCCGCUCCCGCUUGUCCUUCACCCCGCGCCGCUCACACCACAACUCCUCCAUCACCUGCCUCACCUCCAACCAGGCCCUCAGCUCCCCCCUCACAGGUUCAAUCCAGCUGAAGGUUCUGUUCCCGCCGGAGGUCAAGCUGCAGGUCAAGCCGUCGCAGCUGGUGGAGGGAGACGACGCCACCUUCAUAUGUACGGCGCAGGCCAACCCAGACGACAUAACGUACAGGUGGUAUCACAGCAGCGAGGAACUGAAGAACGAGACCUCGAGGACGCUAACCCUGCACAAGAUAUCCAGAAACCUGCACCAAAACGCCGUCUCCUGCGAGGUAUCGAACAAGGUGGGCACGUCCAAGAAGACCAUGAGCGUGCACGUGCAGUACGGCCCCGUGUUCCGUGUGCUGCCCCGCGACGUGAUGGCCGAGACGGGGAAGGACGUAACGCUGAAGUGUGACGUGGACUCCAACCCGCCCGCCAGCAUAGUGUGGCUCCAGGAAGGCUCUCAUAAGAUCAUAGGGUCAGGCCAAACACUCGAGGUGACCGUGGGACCCUCAACCGCGGGGGAGUACAUCUGCGUGGCCUCCGUGCGGGGCUUCCAGGAGCAGCGCGGCAAGUUGAGGGUCCUCGUCAAGGGGCCGCCCACCAUCGUGAGUUCCAGCGAGCAACAGGGGCGCAUGGGAGACACCGUGACCAUUGAGUGCAGCACGGUGUCCAUUCCCAGCCCCAUCAAGAUUACCUGGACAUACAAGGGACGGGACAUUGACCUGAGCGACCCGCGCUACGAGGUGGUGCAGGAUGAGCAGGAGGAGGGCCUUCGCAACAUCCUGGUGAUCCAUGACGCCGACACACCGGACUUUGGGGCGUACAACUGCUCGGUGGUGAACGAGUACGGCGUGGCCAGGAAGCAGAUCCGACUCAACGAGGAGAAGACGGUGCCUGUGGUGCUGCUGGUGGGCGGCGUGGUGGCGGUGGUGGUGGUUGCCGUGGUGGUGGCCUCCCUGGUGCUGUGCAACAAGAGGCACUCCAACAUCAAAGAGCGGACUCGUCGCUUUCAAGGCAGUGUCUAUGAUUACCUUGGUCGACGGACUGUGAGGUUUACGAAAGGGUCCCCAGUGCCCGAGAAGCCCCCUGCGGUGACGGUGGUGCCGGGGCCGCAGAUCGCGAACAUGUACUCGGCCCCGUCAGAUACCAAGCUAUCGGAGGAGGUGUGUUCGAGCCCCGCCCUGUCCAGCCGGCCCAUGGAGGAGCUCAGCCCGUCGGAGGAGGCCAAGGCGCGGGCGGUGCAGGCACUCAACAGGCUCAGCGGCGACUCCGGCCCCACGUUCAUCCCUGACCCGGUGCGUGACGCCGCGUGGGACGGUGAGGGCGGCCGCGGCUACGUCCCCUUUGUCGACUACAGCGGGAGGGACUACGCGCCCAUCCCCAACGGCAGGCGGGCGUCCAUCAGCGACCUGGGCCACUACACCGCCGCCCACGCCCACCAGCACUCCCCCAACGCCUCCUCGGACUUCUGCACCAUCAGGAGAGGGACCCGAGCGGCGGACUUAGGCGGUGAAGGCUUCCUGGGCUCACUAUCGAAGUACCACGACACGACGGCGACGCUGCGGCACAACGGCAACGCCCACACCCUCGCCAGACACUCCGCCUACACCCCCGCCCCCCGAAACCCCUCCUACGGCUCCCCUCCUCCCCCGCCCUACCCUAGGAACUCCAAGAUCGGGUCCCCGCGUGGUCCUAUGUCCCCCGGUGGCACUAAUGCUAUCACGCUCCCGAACACCAACGCGGCAGCCACCACCCUGGGGCACCCCGAGGGCCGUGGAUCACCAGAGGCACAGUUCAUCUUCUCCCCCGAGGCCAUGAUGAAACCCGGGACCCUUGUGUGACCCCGCCUCAUCAGCCCCCCUUACCCCAGCCCACUCCCCUCAUCCUCCCUGGAACGUCGCCACUCCCACGCCAAUCUUCCAAACUCGUGACCUUCUGUAUAGGAACGUGGGCCUUUGUAUUCCUAGUUUUGUUAAUAUGGAGUAGUGAAAGUGUCCCUCCUCGUCUUGGCUCCCUCAAGGCCGCCCGACACCUGGUUACCUGGGGAUAUAUCGACCAGGUGACUUGGGUCUGUCUCGCUCUUACCUGCCUACCACCUGCCUGCCUGCCCACCUGCCUGCCUGACUUCACCACCUGUUUACGCGAUUACCUCAAAGAAUGCAGAUGAAAGGUGGAGGAAAGGAGAGAAAGGCGGCAAGGACGGGGCUGUCUUGAGUCGCGGAGAGGGAGGGAAAGGGAGAAAGAGGAUAAAAGGGGGAGAAGGGAGAAAAGGGGAGAAUGGAAGGGAAGGACUCGGUUUAUGCAUUUAUGAACAUUUAUUUAUAACAUUUAAACUCUCUCUCUCUCUCUCUCUCUCUCUCUCUCUCUCUCUCUCUAGCAUUUACCUACCUCCUCCUCCCAACGAAGCUUCGGGAGUGGCUUCGUUUUCUUCGAGCCUCUGCCCAGCGUAACAAUCGACCAAUUAAAGCGCUAAUGGGUUGUUUGGGCCCAGCCAAUUACCGUCUGGCUUUCUCCCCUCCCCCCCUCUCUUCUCUCCCAUCUCCCCUCUUCUUCCCUCCUCCGUCACCCUCCCAUGUGGAACCCAAACACGAGAGGAGGAGGAGGAGGAGGAGGGAGAAAAGGUCUGCAGAAAGUAAAAUCUCAUGAGGAGGUAUGAAGAAGGGGAAGAGGAGAAGGACGAGGAGGAGGAGGAGGAGGAGGAUGAGAGUGGGAGAGGGAGACGGAGGAGAGAGAAAAAAAUUCGAGUUAUUGGAAAAGAGCGCGUGAGUUUUUCUGAAAGAGGAGGAGGAGGAGGAGGAGGAGGAGCUGAUGAUGAAUAAGAGAAAAGCAACGACGCAGGCAGGAGGAGGUAAAAAAGUGAAAACAUAAGAGGUUGUUGCAGGAAAGGAGUGAAUGAAGGUGGGCAGAGAAGAGGUGAAAGAGUAAGAGGAGGAGGAGAAGGAGGAGGUGAGAGAGGGAGAGAGUAGGCGGGAGGGAGAAGUGGCAAAAGUUUUAUCAGUUAGUAUUUGCUUUCUCUCUCUCUCUCUCUCUCUCUCUCUCUCUCUCUCAAACAAGCAGCAGAACAGAUAAUCGAGUCAGCACAGCAGCCUCUAGUCAGUCCCUCUCAUUGGUGGAUUGUAUAACCGUAGCGUCCAAUCACAGGCCCCGAGAGGGUGUGGCAGCCAGUCCCGUGCGUCCCCCGCGGUGACGUCACGGCGCGCAGCAGACGAGCUGUUUGUACAUAGUCAAUAUUCCGAUGACCUUGACUUCUUCUCACAGCAAUACGGAGUGACAUGAAGGAAGAGAGAUAAUAAUAAUAAUAAUAAUAAUAGUAAUGAUAAUGUAAAAAAAAUCACGUGUUGUUACUAUUCUAUCAUUUAUUGUUCUCUAUUUCCGUUAUUGUUUAUGUUUUCUCUAUCACAGUUAUUAUUUUUAUUUAGUUAUCAUUAUUAUCAACUUUUUUUUCUAUGAUGCAUUUACCGAGGAUAACUACGUCUUCUAAAAUGCAUGAACUUGUAUAUCAUUUUUGGCGGGUGUUCGGUAGAAUAUCUAUCGUAAUAUCUACCGUGAAAUUAUAUAAAGCCAAAAGAAUAAAAAAGAACAAAGGUUGAAUAUAAUAACUGUAAUAUUCGAGUUUCGUAAACCCGAAACACACACACACACACACACACAGACACACACACACACACACACACACACACACGCUAGUCACUUCUUAACCAACUUUUCCAGACAUAACCUCCUCCCAUUUUCAUUCAGUCCUCUCCCCCCCCCCCUCCCUUCCCCUUUUCUGUCCCCUCUCCCCGCUCUUCCUCCUCUCCUCUCUCCCCUCUCCCCGCCACCCAGUUUACUCCCACGACCUAAUAUUUUCUAGUGAACAACCUCCUCCUCUCCCCUUCUAUAUUCCUUUGCUUUCCUUCUUCUUUCUCACACCUUUCUCUCCCUCGUCUUCUCUCUUCUUUUUAUCCUCUCCCCACCUAUCUCCCCAUCUCUCUCCCUCCCAUUCUUUCUCUCCCCCUUCAUCCUCCCCAUCUCCUUGUUUUCAUCUUUUUUUUCUCCCCUUCUUCAUCUCUCUCGUCUUCUCCCAUUCCUUUAUCUUCUUCUACCCUCUACCCCCCUUGCUCUCUCUUCCUCCCAUUCAUUCUCCGCCUUCUCUCCUUUUCCUUAUUUUUCCUUAUUCUCCCUUCCCUCCCUUUAUCUUCUCCUACCACCACUCUACAUUCCCCCUUUUUUUCUCCCACCUCAUCCUCCCCUCUCUUUCCAUUCUCUUUGUUUUCCUCUUUCCCUUUCUUUCUUUACCCCGUCUCCUCUCUUCCCUUUAUCUUCUCAAACACCCAUUUACCCUCCUUUGCCUUCUUUUUUCCUCCCUCUCUUUCCCCUUUCCCUCCUCACCCUCACCCUCGCUCCUUCCCUUUGCUUGGUUAAUAGAAAACGGGCGAAGUUCACCCAUCAGGGCCAACUUAAGCUCAUUACCUUCCCCGCAUUAAGUGACGGACACAGCGCCUCUCGAAGCAGGGCGUUAGAGUGUUAAGCAGGGUGAGGGGUAGGGCAGAGUGUGGGGUGGUACAAUAUUAUGAUUUUUCUCCUCGCGGCCGGCGGGGAGAGGGAGAGGCGCCUUUAAUUUUAAUCUUAUUUAGCUAAGCACGUGAUGUCAUAUUAAUUAAUUAGUCCAAACGCGAAGAAAAUGGAAUCCUGAAAUAAUUAUCUAGACUGACGUUCUUUAAUUCACCUUUUCUCGUCUUUAUUUUAUUAUUAUUAUUAUUGUGUGGAGGUCUAUUUUAUUUAUUUAUUAUUAUUUUUUUUUUACUAUUUAUUUUGGCGGGGGGUCUUUUUUAAUAUACAGUUGUGGCGUGUGGUGAUGAAAGUCUAUCAUUUUUCUAACUUUUUUUUUUUGGUUUAAUUAAUUCGUAUUUCCGUGGUAAUACUAAAUGGGAGCUUUUAUUUCUUCUUAACCGAUAAUUCUGUAAAAGCAAAUUGCACCCUUUUAUCUAUUUUUUUUAAUAUUUAUCUUAAUCUUCCCUUUAGUCUGCGUUCCAAUGAAUUUAAGCUUUUAAUUGAAUUAUUUGCCACCAAUUUCAUAUAGCAACGCAAAUUUUAAGUAUCUUUUAUUUUGUCUCUCAUCUAUUUUUUUUCUCUCAUAUUCUAGUGCUCUUUUCAGUAUUUAUCUCAUAUUCGCUUAAGUCUGCGUUCCAGUGAGUUAAAGUUUAUAAUCAACUAUUUUCUAACAUCAAUUUUAUAAAGCAAAGCAAAUUGUACGUGGUGACUCUUCUGCUCUCCCCUUUUUCUGAUCUUUCUCUCUCUCGCCGCUUAAAUCUGCCCUCCAUCGGAUUGCACUUUUAUUCCAUUCAACUUUUCUUAUUUCGCUGAAUGGGCUCGCGAUGACCCAAAAGGAGGAGUACCGGAAGUGAAUCAGACUCGAUGAUGCUCAGGCGUUCCCGGACGAGGCGAGAGGGAGAGGGAAUCGAUGCCGGGAGGAGGAAGAAAACGAGAUGUGAGUGUAGGAAGCGUCACCCCUUACGACCGUGUGUGUGUGUGUGUGUGUGUGUGUUACUUUUCUCCUUCCCUUACCUGUCUUCCCUUAAUUAGGCGUCACACCUGCCCGAAACACACCUGUACCGCCUCGUGAAUGACAUAGUAGAUUUAAAAAGAAACUGAAUUUUACUUUUUUUUUUCUUACUUUCACCCCCCCUUAAAAAAAAGAAUGUAAAAGAAAUUUCUGCACAAAAGGACGCUUGUUUUAAAUAAGAAUAACAACACUUUCUGAACUUUUUUUUCCUUGGGAGCGUUGUUUAGAAACUUUUAUGUGCUCUCCAAAGGCCCCGUUGAGAGAAUUUUACUUGUGACUUCUUCAACACGGGCGAGUCAGGACUGUUUAAUGCAUUUUUUUCUCUCCCUCUCCCUCUCCCUCUCCCUCUCUCUCUCUCUCUCUCUCUCUCUCUCUCUCUCUCUCUUGCGUUUUCAACUUGACUCUUAUCUCCAAAGUUUUUACCGCCAUCAUCACGAUUUUUCUCUUGCAUAUUUACCUCAUUAUCCAAAAUUUAUCGACCCUUUUAUGCCCAAACUUACACUUGUUUCUUCGUGCCUUUCUUUUCAUACUUGCUAUCUACUACUUUUAUCACCUUCUCCCUUAUCUGCCAUUGUCUCACUUUCUACCUCCACGAUCCACCUGCCCCUCCCCCCCUCCUCUCCUUUUUUUUUUUUUUUAUACUUGACAACUAUUUUUAUUUCUUUCUCCCUUAUCUGACUUUCACUCUCUACCUCCCUCCCCCCCCUCUUUCCAUACCACUUUCUAUUAUUAUUAUUACCGUUCCCCUUGCCUGCCACUGUCUCACUUUCUACCUUCACCUUCCAUUUGCACUCCUCCCCAAUUUAUUUUUCAUAUUUACAUUUUUUUUAUGUAUUACCUUCUCCCUUGUCUGGUAUUGUUUCCCUUUCUGCAUCCACCUUCCUCCUGCUUCCUUCACUCUCUUCAAUGAUGCGCGUGACCUCUGACUCCACAAGGAAAAUGGUUAGGUCAAUUAGGGUUUCACGGUCUUGGGGCUGGCGAUUCUGCUUGUUCCUUAACCGAACACAACGUCUCUGUCCCCGAGCAACACCAAGGUAAAGAAAAGAAUCACCUCACAACACCUUCGACCUCUUACAAACCCAGUCCACGUGUCCAAAAUCGUGUCUUUCUCUUAAAUUCUCAACUCUUUUUUUAUCGAUGUCCUUCCCUCGAUUUCUACUUCUGCUCCUAUCUCCGUCUAUUCCUCAAACCUUCCCCUGAUAUCUACUUCUGUUACUGUCUUCGCCUAUUCCUCAACCCAUUCCACAGUCCCAUUCUCCUUCUUCUCUAUCCUUCCCAUAAUUUCUACUUCUGUUUCUUUCUUCUCCUAAUCCUCUUAACCUUCCAGAAUCUCUUUUCCCCUACCCACUCCAAAGCGCCCCUCCCAUUCCUUCCCACCUUGUUCCACCUCUCCAAACUCUCCACUUUGCCUCUUCCCCAUCUCAACAUCCUUCCCCCACACCCACCAGCCCACAGAGUCCUCCCCACAGUCCAGACGGAGGGGAGGGUUGGGGAAGUACUGAAAAAGGAGUUUACAUGUGAUUUAUUGAUAAUAUUAUACGAGUUCGUUUACACCUGCAUAACAAAUAGCAACAACAACAAUAAUAAUAAUGAUAAUAAUAAUAAUAAUAAUAAUAAUAAUAAUAAUAAUAAUAAUAAUAAUAAUAAUAAUAAUAAUAAUAAUAAUAAUACGAUAAUGUGGGGAGAGCAACAUCUCAUCAAUAAUACUUUCUAAGAAAUAUUUAGAUUCUGAAAAUACGAGAAAAAGGUAAACACAUGUAACAACUCAGUCUUCAUCGAUUCAUGUUUAUAUUUUAUGAGAACGAACACACACACACACACACACACACACACACACACACACACACACACACACACACACACACACACGGAGAAAGUGCAUGUCAUCACCGGAAAGCUUCGCCCAGUGUUCCUCCGCCUCCUAACUACUACAAUUAACUACUUUAUCUUCUACAAUUAACUCCUACAAUCAACUCUCGUUCUCCUACACUAAUCACGCAAUCCAUAAUAAUCUGCCACUCGCAUGAACAAAAAUAACUCACGUACUACUUCUUCCUGACAAAAUACUACUAUACAUAAUAAUAACAUUAAUGAUAACACAAUAAGUAAUAUAUAUUGUCGUAAUGGAAGUUAUUGUUUGCCAAUGACAAUGGAUGUUUUUUUGCUUUCUGUCUUGUGACUCAUGAAAACUAAAGACAACUGAGCUUUUUUUAUUUAUUAUUAUUUUUCUGCUUUUGUUUCGUUAUUCGGUAAAAGUAAACUGUAAAGAAUACGGGACUUGGUAAAAUGUCUAAUCCCUUUUUUUUAAAUGUUUACGAUAACUAAAGAAAACCGUGAACAAGUUUUCUCUUUUCUUUGUAUCUGUGAAUCCUUUGCUUCGUGUUCGGCAUGAUAACAGCCAAUGUAAUUAUAAAGAAAACUCGCUUUCAUGGGUAUUUUCUCCCAUUCCUACCAUAACUAUGAUUAUAAAGGAAGCGAUGCCUAUGAUUCACUUCUUUAUAUAAGUUUCAUGUCGGGUAAGAACAACUUUAACGAAAACGGGAUUUAGUUGGGUGGACCCUUCUUAGAGGCGGGACUGACCUAGCCUGAGCCGCCGCCGCCGCCGCCACGGUACACUAUCGUGACGGCCUCAGUCUCGCCGCCGCCGUCAUCGCCGCCGCCCUCCGCUGCUGUCUACUGUAGAAACAAACGUUCUCUCCUUCGCUAUAACGUAGUCGCUGAGUGCAUGGAAGUGUGUAAAUACCUGUACAUUGCAAAACGAAUUACUUGUUUGUAUCUAAAUGGGCAUUUUUGGUAAUAAAUUAUUUUGAUUAU